AUGUCGACCGCCACUCUCAGCGAGCUACCUAGCCACCAAACAAUGAACCCACGAAAACCCUCUAUAGCAAACCUCAUGAACGACAACUCAAACGACCCUCCUCCUUCUGGCCUUACAAUAAACAACCUUCUCAAUAACGACCCCACCUCCCACGCAGCCGCCGCUGAAGCUGCCGAAGCUAGUAAUAUAUUGAUAUUAUUAAGCAACCAAAACAGCCCUUCUCAAUAUCAACAGAGAGAAAGCGAACGUAAAAUGAGCGAUGCCGAGUUAGUUGCCCCUGUCCUUGCUUCACUCUCGAAUGCAGAAAGAACAAAUCGACCAAAUAAUACCAUGUCUAUUGCCUCUCUCUUGGGCAACGAAUCACCUAGUACAGAACAGAUGCCAUCGAUAAAGAAAGAGUCGCGAUACAAUAGCUCGAAUGAUCCAUAUCAGGAGGGCGCAAACCAAAUGAUGGAUUAUCCUCAGUAUGGAAUAGAAAAUGAUGGUUUACCGCGAAAACCGCAUAAACGACUGCCGGGAGGUUCACCAAUGUCGACAAUGAAUGCAAGAGUCACCCAGAAAAGCAUACAAAAGCAACCGAAACGACCGUCACCAGAAACACCAGAUUAUCCACAUAGGAAAGUGCCCCGCACAGAUGAAAUGCCACCUCAUACUGGUAAACUGUCUGAAUUGAUGGAUCCAGCAGCGCCUGAAGAUCGAAAACCAGUCGUAUCACAUCAAGUCGAUUGGGAACGAUCUUCACAAUACGCACAUGGUCGCCAAUUGUCAAGCAGUCCCAUAAGCGAACCCCACGCCAACAGAUAUCAUCCUUCGCAACCAAUUCCAAAAAACUCGUCGGCAUUUAAUGAACCAACAAAACCAACUAAAUAUGGCCCGUAUGAUAAUAGAUCGCAAUUGAAAUCGCCACCACAAGUGCAAAAUGGAUAUCCUAGUAUUGGUAAUCACCCAGACUCACUUCAUCAACCACAAAUGCAUCAAUCUCAAUUACAUCAAACUCAAAUGCAUCAUCCUCAGCCUAAUGGACUUUUGGGAUCUAGAGAACCUAGCGCCUUUACAAAUAUCUUCCCCAAGAAAUAUCACGAUAUGAAGAGCGAUCCUAAGUUAAAGCGGAAUGCCACUCAUGCAUAUAUCACAUACAUGAUCUACACAAACAACCAAAUGGAACGAAUAAAAGAUCCAAUGCUGCCACAAGCACAGCAAAUCGCUCCUCGGCAACCAAUUCUGCACAAUAAUAAUACAUCGCCAGUUAUUAACAAUGACCACCACGUGGUUUCAGACUCUGAUGGCCAAAUGAUCACACCUGGAAUGUAUGGAUCGCGUGUCGAACAUCCUAAUUACCCAAUUCCGAAUCAUGGAUAUCCUCACCCAUCCGAGCAAAUACCUCGACGAUCAUCAGCACCAGUACACGCAGAGACACCAACACCAAUCAUUUCCAAUCCACGCAGUCAGCCGCCACCAUCACAAUCUCAAUCACAACAACCACGACAUUCAAUACAUCCGCAUCCUUCUCCGGGUCUGUUGCCAGUACAGCAGCAAGGGCCACCGCAUCCUCAUGCGGUGAAUGCUCCAACACCUAAUCGUCAUUAUUCUCUCCCUGACAUUCGUAAUCCGAUGAACGAUCAACCACGCCCUCCGACACUAUCUCCGACUUUACGUGGUAAUCCAUCAUCUCUUCCUCCAAUCCAACCCGGCGCAUCUCACCAAUCGCAUUCUAUUCAUUAUCCUCAGCAAAAUUCAUCACAGUAUAUGCCUUCACCAGGACAACCAAUAGGUCCUCCGGCUCCUCAACCGCCAUAUCGGGAUUCAAAGUCGCACCCACAUCAAUCGUCCAUGCCUCCUCAAUCGCCGUCAUUAAAUCCAUCCGUGUCUCGAUCUUCUGCUCCUCCGGCUUAUUUACCUCACAUACCUCCGCAACCGGCAACCCGUCUUCCUUCGGUAAAUAUGCAAUCGAGUGACCAUAAUGUACCGAAUAAUUCUCUCAUGAUGAAUCAGCCACCAUUGAAUAGCAGUCCCGGAUAUGUGGGAAAUAAUCAUCCGCAUCACAUGAAUAUGGGGAAUGUCCAAGUUCCAGUGGGUGGUGCCGGCGUACCGUUAGGACCACCGAUGAAUGGGCGAGUUGGACAUAAUGGAUAUUAUUAA